CAGCAAUCCGAUCGGACGUGUUUUUGGCACAUUCUCGAAGAGGCUCUCCAUUGCGCGCGUCGUUUGAGUGGUAGCGAUUUACAUUGUUGUGCUAAGGAUAAAAGGAAAAUCCACGUGCCAUCUUUCAAUCUCUCGCCGACAAAAACCUAACCGAUCAGCUGCUCUCGAGUGUAUUACCACUCAAAGUGGCUCUGUUGCCAAUGAGCGUACAGGUGGACAGCAAAAUUCAAGAUUAAACGAUGGUCAUCAUUUUUGCAACGACCGCAAAUGGGUUUCUAUUACGUUGGCAAACCACGCGGCAUUGAAUAUUAUUUAGCGCUAAGCGUGUUUCGCGACUCUUGGUGAUAUUUCGAAACAACUGGGAGAACAGGCUGCCUGGUGGUGAUAGUUGGAUUAUGAACCAAAAGAGUGAUUCGAUUGGAAAAAAAUAUAGAGCGCUCGAGAAGCUCGUUGACGUGCAAUAGAGAGUAGAUCGUUAUCUGAACGGCUGGAACUUCCCCAGCGGUGGGCGAAAAUUUUAAAGCCCAAACCUCUUAGAAUUCCGAAGAAGCACAGCGUCAUCAUAACCAGCACUGUGAAAGUCCACUUGAGCAACAGCCCUCGAAAUGGAUUACAUAAAAGAACUGGAUAUUCGACUUGACAAGGAGUAUUACUACGCCGGAGAAGUGCUCUCAGGAAAGGUAAUAAUGCACACGACCGAGAACUUCAAGCUGAAAUCCAUCCGCCUGCUCCUGCGAGGAAAAGCCCACGUCGAGUGGAAAGUGUUCGUGUCCGGAGAUAAGCGAACGGUGAAGGACGACCAGUUGUAUAUCGAGGAACGGGCCGUGAUAUGGGGCGAACGCACCAGCGAGGGAAUGGACGUCAGCACCCCCGUGCUAAUCCGUGGUCAGCAUCAGUUCUCAUUCCGAUUUAACAUACCGGAGACCAAUCUGCCCUGUAGUUUCGAGUCACGCGUCUGCUACAUUCGCUAUUUCGUUAAGGUUACGAUUGAUAUUCCCUACGCUUCACCGCCGCAAGGAAUCAAAUAUUUCACCAUCGUGGGACCACAUAUCGACUGCAUGGACGAGCAAUAUCUGAAGCCAAUUUCGGUUCAGGACAAAAAGGUGCGAUGCUGCCUGUGCUGUGCCAAAGGGCCCGUUACCCUCAGUUGCUCAAUGGAUCGAACUGCGUUUUGCUGCGGGGAAACACUCAAGCUCAAGUCCACCAUCGACAACCAGGGCGAGGAAAGCGUCAAGCUGAAGGUACGCUUGGUACAGUUCUGCGAGUUUUUCGUCGAACGAGGAGUACUCGGAGUGACGAAGGAAGUACAACAUCUGGUGCUUGAGCAUAUCGGGGAGCUUGUUACACCAAAGAACCACCACGAUACCUGUGCCAACGUGCGAAUACCGACGGUGCCUACGACGCUAAUGGGUGUCUGCCGUCUGGUGCAAAUCUACUACACUCUAACGGCAUGUUUGGAGUUUGAAAAAUCUGGAGACGAUUUGCACAUCAAUUUUCCCAUUACAAUCGGUACCGUGCCGUUUCGAAUUCCAAAUAGCAACCUGCAACCGCACAUCGGAUACGACGUCGCGAUCGAUCAUGUGGAGGGCGGCAUUUAUAUCGGGCCGGAAUUCCUGCUCGGAGAAGUAUAUGAUGGAUGUAACGUGAGCGACAACGAAUACCGUGAUCUUGGGCCUGUAUUUCGACCGGUGUACCUCACUGUGAUCCGUAGCUCCCAGCAAAUAUCUGCUCGUGCGGCAGGGCGUACCAAUCGCAAAAAAUCUUGCGAUGUCGAAAUCGCAGAGAUACACAGGAAAUAAUCGACCUAGUCGGGUGACGAUAAGUCGUGUGGAGGAAACUGUCGAACGGAAAUCAUCAAAUCAAGUGUCCAACACCUCUGGCAUAUUGGCCAAGAGAGCAGUUACUGAAACGUUAACUUCACCGAAUUUGUUUCACACACAUUGCAUUGUCUUGUUCCAAAUAGAGUGUACCUUUUCUUACAAAAAGUUCAAACCUAGUGAACUAAAUCAACAAAUUACUUCCCCAUUGUGUCUUUGUAAUUUUAAAAACUUGUUUGUAUGAAAAGAUCAGUAAACCGUAUUGAAUCUGCCCAGAAUGUUUCAUCGUGCGAUAUUAACAGAGAAUUU